CCUUGUUUGAUACGUGACAUGUGUGGUUUUCUUUAGAAAAAAAAAACCAGCAGCACUUUUGAGAAGAGUUUUUUCUUUUCUUUUUUGGAUGAAUUUGAGAAGAGUUACCAACUUGCUACCAUGUAAAGCAAAGUUGUGCUCCUAUUUAAGUAUAUUUCCUUACUCCAUUCCAGUAUUCCACCAAACCACCACCAUUCCAGCAGCAUAACCAGAGCAGCUCAGCUGGUUGCUAGCACUCACUACGCCAUGGCUCCUCUGCUCUUCAGGGACAUGAAGGGCCUUUCGUGCUCGUCUCCGGCUUCCACCGCGAUAUGCCCGAGUUUGGAGCGGCAGCCGAUGGUCCGGUCACACAAGGCCAUUGUUAGUGCUAGCCCUCUGUCUCAGGUUCCCACCGAGCCCAGUACACACAGGCAUGACGGCAAGAAAGGGCAGCAUCACAAGGCCGUCGCACACGGUGGUGGCCUCGUCAGCCCGGCCGGCUCGUCCAGGUACCUGCUGAGCGGCCGCGCCGCCGCCGCCGCCGCCGCCGCCGAGGAGAUCCAGGAGGUGGAGUCUGCACCGGCCGUUGAUGCCAGUAGGGAGGAAGCAAGUCAAGUAGCUGAUGCGAAGAGCACACAGGCGCAGGAGCAGGUAGUUGUGCUGAAGGUAUCCCUGCACUGCAAAGCAUGCGCAGGGAAAGUGAAGAAGCACCUCUCCAAGAUGGAAGGUGUGACAUCGUUCGACAUCGACUUCGCGGCCAAGAAGGUGACGGUGGUCGGCGACGUGACGCCGCUGGGCGUGCUCAACAGCGUGUCCAAGGUGAAGAACGCCCAGCUCUGGGUGGCGCCGCCGGCGAUCGCCGCCUGAGGAGAAAAAAAAAUCUGAAACCAAAGCUAGCUUAGCUUAGGAUCCGUUCGCCGUGACUGGUAGGGAGUGCGGAGCUGGAGCCGUGCACGUACGCACGGCACGCAUAUGGGGCACUGACCACAGACGGACACGGCCAGCACGCUGGGCCAGUGCGUCUGUGAUGGUUGUCUCCUCGACUAGCAUGCGUCCGUGUCCUGACCCUUGCAUGCAGCUUUGGUUCUUCUUGUGGUCGUCUUGUGAUCAUCUGUUAGUCUGCUGUGGUUGGCGCCACGCGAGUUGAAUGCCGUCUUCGUGCUUAUUUCGUGUAUGAGUGGGUGACUGUGCUCUUUCCUCUUGCUGUAAUAUAAGCUUGGCACUGCAUUGCUGUCCU